UUAUGAGGAGUGCCUGAAGGCAACAUCCACCUGCAGCUGUGUGUGUGGGUCUCUAACUGACGCUAACAUGGCUGACGUCACGUCACCGGAUUUGUAUCGCUGGUUCCCAUGGAGACGGAGGACUGGCUAACGCUAACCGGGCUCACGUUAGCAGAGCCUGUCCAGCUUUCUGGUCCGGAGAUGGAGGAGCAGAAGGAGACAGGAGGAGCUGCAGACUCUCAGGAGAACAGACGAGGUAUCAGGUACAUGACAGAGGAGCUGCUGCUGAAGCUGACUGGCUGUCAGUCUGUGGUUCAGAUACGAUCCCUCAAUCUGUCGUCAUUAACCGGAGACAAACGGAUCAGGUUCAUAGAGAACCUUCAUGGCUGUCAGCGUCUGGAGAGUUUAACAUUGAACCACAACGUGAUCCAGAGGAUAGACCGACUGAGCACCCUGACACAGCUGAGAGAGCUGCAGCUGGCACACAACAACAUCCAGAGGAUUGAGGGACUGGAGCUCAUGUCCAGUCUGCAGCGUCUGAACUUGUCCUACAACAGGAUUGAACACGUUCCCGUGUGGCUCAGCAGGAAGCUGCACUCGCUGCACACACUGCACCUGCAGCACAACCUCCUCACAUCUCUGUGCGAGCUGUCGCGACUGCGCUCUCUGAGCAGCCUAUCAGAGCUCUCCCUGUCUGGAAACCCCGCCUGCUCUCUGCAACACUCCCGCGUCUUCCUGCUCUACCACCUCCGGACACUCGACAGGCUAGACGAGCUGCCAAUCACGCAGGAGGAGCGAGGACACGCCCAUGAACGCUUCAGCACCGAGGAGCUGGAGCGUCUGCAGCAGCAGGUGGACAGCAGCCAAUCAGAGCUCAGCAGGCUGCAGCAGGAGCAGCAGGCCGCAGUGACUCGAAUGGACCAGCAGGAGGAGACGAACCAAACACUCGUGGCCCAAACAGAAACACACAGACACACACACACACUGCUGGAGCAAGAGCUGCACACCAAGAAUCAGCUGGUACAACACACACACACACAGCAGCCCCGCCCUCCUGUGUCUCAGCUGGGCGUGGCCUAUCAGCUGGAGAAGACAGCGACUGAGUUGACGAGAGCCUUUCACCGACUAUACGAGCUCGAGCAGGAGCUCACUUUCUACAAGAUCGAUGCCAGACUCAACCCUUUGCCCACCUGCAGCAUACAGGAUGUCGACUCUGUGGACUCUGUGGCUGAGAGUUCGUACAUCGGCAAAGCUCAACAUAUCAGGCAAACCAUCACCUCCUCCUCCCCCUCCUCCCCCUCCUCCCCCUCCUCCUCCCUGCAGACUCCAGAUCAGUUGUCUCACAUACAGUCAUCUCGCCUCCUGCUGGAACAAGGUGAAGCUGAGGCUGAUCACAUGGAGCAGCAGGCAGCAGCUGAGCCAGCAGAACACAAAGCUCACAGACAGGAACAGGAGCCGCUGUGUUGUCUCAUGGUGGAGCAGCUGAGAGGUGAAGCUGACAAGACCAGGAGACAGAUGGAUGGACUGACAGAGGACAGCUGGAGGACAGAGAGACAGACGGAAGAGCUGGAGACACAGCAUGCCCAUGUGACCUCCCAGUUGUCCGGUUGCAGACAGCUGUUGGACGGGAUGAGCGGCACGAAGAGCGAGCUGGAGGAUCGGCUCGACGACAUGCUGUCACGCAUCGCCAUGGAGACACAGGAGAUCAAAGAGCUGGAGCAACAGCUGACCGACGGUCAGAUUUUGGCUAAUGAAGCUCUUCAGAGGGAUCUGGAGGGAAUCAUCUCAGGACUUCAGGAGUAUCUGAGAGGACUCAGAGAGCAGGCUCAUCAUGCUCAGCAACAGGUUCACAGUCUUCAGGCUGAGAAUCAAAGCCUGCAGCUUCACCUGGAGGACACGCAGAGACACUGCAGACAGCUGGAGGACACAGCCAGGACACACACACAGGACAUGUCUUUCCAGCAGGAGGAGCUGUCUGUGUUGCGGAUGGAGGCCCAGACUCUGAGAGACAGACAGGUGGAGAGCAGCAGACAGCAGGUGGAGCUGGAGGCGGAGCUCCAGCAGCUGAGGGAGGAGCUUAUCCGGCAGAUCACACUAGGACAGUUGGAGCGUGAUGCGCUGCAGGCGGCUGCUGACAAAGAGAAACAGAUGAGAGAGAUCAGAGAGUCUCAGCUUCAGUCAGCCAUCGACACACUGCAGGAUGAGAAAUCUUCUCUUCAGGACGUCAUCCAGAGACUUCAGGACCAGCUGGACCGGACCAGAUCUCAGGUGGACCAGAUCACAGCAGCCUUGUUGGAUCUUGAGGAGGUUCAGAGUGGAGAGGAGGAGCUGGAUGGGGAUCAGUUCAGUCCGGUCAGGUCUCAGGACAUGCUAUCCAGGAGUGUGGAGCAGCUGUACAGGACCAUCCAGCAGACCAGAACCAGCAGGGAGCAGCUCCAACAAGACCACAGUCAUAGCCAGAAACUGGACAGACGGCAGGCCCAGCUGAACCAGGACCAGGACCAGGACCAGGACUCAGACUGGAGGCUGAAGGAGGAGCUGCAGACAUCUGAGAGCAGACACAGAGACAUUCAAAACAAACUGGAGGCGGAGCUUCAGCAGAGCCGUCUGCAGCUUCGGGACGUCCAGCAGGAGAGAGACGCGCUGCUGCAGCAGCUGCGUUCACAGAGCGACGGCCACCAGAGGAGCCUCGGACGCCUCGACAGGAAACUACGGCAGCUCAGCAGGUCCAUGUGUGACUCUGAUCAGCUGACGGCCGAACAGCUGAAGACGACCACCGAACAACUGAGAGCUCUGAACCACACGGUGGAGCUGCUGCACACACACACACAGCAGAACUCUGUAGAGGAGCUCGACAGCAGCACUCACACAGUGAAGGAGCCUGAGAGACACACACCAAGUCAGAAGCUGAACCGAACCAGAACCAGAGCCAGGACCAGGACCAGAGAUGGAGGACAGUGGUGCUUCAUACCUCGUGGACUCAGUGCUCCCAGUCUGGGCUCUCUGGGGACUCGGGACUCUGGGGUCGGGCUGCAGUACCUCAGUUCUCCUGAUAGGGGGCGACAGCAGGACAGAAUGGCCAUGGGGGGAGGAGGAGGAGGAGGGUACUGGGCGUUUUUCCCCCCGACACACACUGACUCUGACUCAGCAGAGUGGAGGGACAGUGGAGGAGACAGCCCUCCUCCUCCUCCUCCUCCUCCUCCUCCUCCUCCUCCUGUCCCUGCCGGUCUCUCGGACACUCUCAGUCAGGCUCCUCUGGUCGGACCUGCCUGGCUGCUCUGUGGUUCACCUGCAGCAGUCGUCUACAGUCAGUCAGCAGGAGACGCCACUCUGCACUGCAACAUCCCUGAGCACAGAGACGAGCAGGAAGACAGGUGUGUGUGUGAGUGUGUGCACAGAGAGGCAGAGCGAGCAGAGGAAGACAAGAGGAAGAAGAAGAAACUACGCCUGGAAACCAAACAGCUACGACACACGCUGAGACGACACAGGAGUGUGAUGAAGGUGUGUGAUGAGGUGGAGUGUGUGGAGAAAACUCUGCUGAAGAGACGAGCUGAACUCCGGGAGGCCGACCGGCUGCUGCUGGAGGCUCAGAGCUGCAUAAACACCAGCAGAGAGCAGGCAGGUUCAGCUCAGGACAGCGCCACCUGUCUGCUGGAGGCCGUCAGGGAGCUGCAGGAGGAGGUGGAGGAGCUGAGGAGGAGGAGACAGGAGGAGGAGGAGGCUCUGAGGGAGGUGAAGGAGGUGCUGAGGAGCAAAGAGGAGGAGUUACAAAAAGUCAGCACAGACGUGCACGCAGCUACAGACAGGUUGGCUGAUGUGCUGUCUACCUGUCAGAACUCUCAGAAGCGCCUUAACUCACUUAACAUUCAGGAGGAGCAGCAGGAGCAGAGGCUGCUGCAGAGGACGGAGGAGCAUCAGACAGCUGUGAACAGAGUGGAGGAGGUCAGAGAGGAGGAGCAACGACUGAGGAGCAGAGUCAAGGAGCUGCUGGAGCAGCAGGAGGCGCUGUGGAGUCAGAGGACAUCCACAGACUGUGUCCUGAGAGAGGACGAGCAGAGACUGAUCACAGUACAGACCGAGAUCAACACACACAGAGCAGAGCUAAAGCAGGUCCUUCAGGAGUUACUCGUAGAGCAGCAGGCGUUGGAGGAAAUGAAAAUCAAACGCUCCCAGAGUGUCCACAGGCUCCACAAGAAACAGGACGAGCUGGAGAGGACGAGGGACGAGCUGGAGAGGACGAGGGACGAGCUGGAGAGGACGAGGGACGAGCUGGAGAGGACGAGGGACGAGCUGGAUUCAGUGAUGGAUGAGUUGGACGGGACACGUGAUGAAGUGGAUAAGAAGAAGGCUGAGCUGGAAAAGAAGCAGGAGGAAGUGGACAGGAUGCAGGAGGAAGUGGACAGGAAGAGAAAAGAGCUGACUGAGCUGCAUCAGGAAGUUGAGUCCCACAGGAGUGAGGCAGAGAAAGAGACAGAACAACAGCAGACAGAGCUGCAGCAGCAGCAGGAGGAGCUGAGCAGGAGGAGGGAGGAGAGGAGCAGCCUGCAGGAGCAGUGUAAACACCUGGAGGCCCGACGGAGGCACGCCGACAGGUGUCUGUCAGUGGUGGAGGCGGAGCUUACGAAAGAGAGGGAGGAGCUCAACAACGUCCAGCUCCUCAAACAGGAAGUGGUCAGAGACACAGCAGCCACUCAGAAGCAGCUUGAUGAGCUCUGUGAGCUGCUGUCUCUGCUCAGUGCACAGCUGGAGGAGAGGAGGACACUUCCUGUUGUCAUGGUGACGGUCAGCCUCCGUCCCCACAGUGACAGAGUCAGACAGGUCCAGUUCACUGAUGGAGAUGAUGCCGUGUGUGUUGGACUGGACGAUGUUAAAGCUGCAGUGUGUCAGUUGGAGGACAGGCGGCGCCGUCUGACCCAACAGGAGCUGCAGCUCCACCAGCUCAGUCAGUCACUCAAUCAUUCUUUCAAUUUUCAGGACCUCACCCUCUAA